AUGUCCAAUCCUCUUUCCGAUCUCUCAUCCUCCUAUCAGAACGCACGCGCGCAAUCUCAAAUGGCGAACUCCUCGCCCUUUGUUCACAAAGUCCUUGAUCAACCCUCAGAACAAAUUAUCCCCUCAAGUCCAUUGAAGCGGGGAUGGACAAGUCACAUCGCGCCAAGUCCGAAUGCCUAUGACAAAAACGAAAACUAUUACCCUAACGAACCCGAGCAUGAGAAUGAACACGAGGAUGAUGAGAUCAAUGACGCCGAAUCAUAUCAACCCAGCGCCAGCUCGCCAUUCCAAUUUGAUGGGCGUGAAGAGACAGUGGAUUUCCAAAAAUUGCGCGAGAUGCGACAGACUUCAGCCCAAUCACAUCUGCAGCUUGAGCCGCUGGAAGAGGAGAGCCCCGCAAGCUCUCCGUUCCGCCCUCAGGAAAGAGAGGAUACACUGGAUUACCGAGGACUACGGGAAGUGCAGCCGAUGUCACCUGGAUUGGACCGGCGACUGGCUCUGGAGGAGCCGAUGAGCUCCCCCUUCCGUCCCGAUGCAAGUGAAGAUACAGUAGAUUUUCACCAUCACCAUGAACAGCAACAGUCAUCACCUUUGUCACGCCCACAACUUGAGCCAUUAGAAGAAGAGAGCCCAAGGAGUUCUCCCUUCCAGGCCCAUGCCCGAGAAAACUCGAUGGAUUACCAGAGGCUGCGCGAGGUCCAGCCCAUGUCGCCUGGUUUGGGACGGCGGCUAGCUCUAGACGAGCCUGCAAGCUCCCCAUUUCGCGCUAAUGCGCGGGAAGAGACGGUUGACUUUGAUCGAUUGCGUGCAAUGCACAAUGGUUCGCCAGUUGCAAAUGCACGGUUAUCACCCGACCCCGUUAGUUCGCCUUUCCCUCACGAGGCAAGAAAUAAGAUUUCUAGUUCCCCCGAACCUCUUGGGAUCCAAAAAGUCUCGCCCGGAGCCGUGAAAUAUUCUUCUUCCCCUGCUAUGACGCACAGUUCGCCCAUCCGCCCUGAAGCACCAGAUAUGGUUAGUUCCCCAGAGAUAUGCGAUAUAGAGCAACGGUCACCGGAACCACUAAGACACUCCCUCCCUGCCGUGGAGUCCUGUCUGCCUACCCAUGAGGAUGCACCAGAGGCGAUCGAUUCCCUGAAGCUCCAAAUGCAUGCGGACUUAUCGGGAGUAUCUGAACGGUCUUCUCCUGUUCCAGCACCUGUUUCGUCUUUCCGGCGGAAUCUGAUGGAGCAUACUCCUGACCUUCACGAGUCGCGCCGAAUCUCUCGUACAUCGCUUGGUUUAGGCGCUCAACGUUCGAUUGCAGCAACUCCUCGCAAAAGAUCGUACGAUGAAACGCCCCAAGACCUGGAGGAUGACUUGCAAAUAAACGAUCGCCACAAGAAGGGUAUGAUGAGCCGGCCGACGGCCCCAGCGAUUCAUGUUGAUUCCCAACAGGCACCUAGUUUCAUCCAUGAUCAGAGCAUCAUUUCCGCUACAAGUGCUGUACAGGAUCGAUCCACAAUUGGUAACAGCAUGCUGGAAGACAAACGGAACGAAGGGAUGAGCACAGUGCUUCAAGAAGACGGCGAUAAAGAAAACAUGUCCCACGUAAACUCAAACGAAAAUUCAGUUGCCGACGACUCGAUGGAUGACACUUGCUUGAGCACGUUUUCCGCCGUACCGGACAUGACUACAUUUGCAAAGCUUCGCGCCCAGUCACCGAUGAAGUCAUCGCGAGCCAGUAUCGGCUCGGCUCCCACUAGGGACGGGCAUCGACGGAGCAUCGACCUGACAACCCCGGGCACAGGACGCAGAGCAUACAGAGCGAGCACCCAUUUAGAUGAGAACUCACUCAUGGGAUCACCCACGCCACGACCUAGAGGCUCUCGGGACGUGGCUAACCAAGUCGACUCUGCCAAUUUGCUUGAUCUCACAGAUCAAGUGGACUAUUUCCCUCGCCAGUCCAUGCAAGGUGCCCGUUUUUCUCCCUCACGGCGGUCGCCCAUGCGAUCUGUCCGGCAGUCCAUUCGAACCCCCGGAAAGAUAUCAUCACUCUUGGACUUCGAUAUUCCAGCUGCCCCUACCCCUCGAUCCAUUCCCACAGUCACUCCUCGCGAAUUGGAGUCACUGAAGUCUGGCUUCUUGUCUGAUAUAUCUUCGCUGAAAGCUACUCUCAGCGGCAAAGAGGCCGAAAUUGCCAGUCUCAAGCGGGCCGUUGCAGACGCUGAAAGACGUGUCGGUGAAGCUUUAGAAGAAGUCCGCAACGAAGCCGCCAGCAAAGAGGAGCUAGAGAUGGAACAAGCCGAGUGGGAGCGUCGGGGCAAAGAGAUGGAGACUGUUCUGCGGUCCGCCCGCUCUGAGUUGGUGGAGGGAGAGCGUGAACGUGAGCGUCUGUCUCAAAGGGCGGAGGAUGCCGAACUUAGCAAAGAGAAGCUGCAAGGUAAACUUGUCGAACUUGACAGCCAGCUUUCUGCUGCACGGGCUGCUGUUGUGUCCGGCGCCAGUAAAGCUAGCGCAUCUCACCAAUCUUCCAGUUCAGCCGAGGAGACUGCUCGCGAAGUUCAAGAUGCAGUCGAGAAGGUCGCUCGUGAACUGCAUGUGCUUUACAAGGGCAAGCAUGAGACCAAGGUCGCAGCAUUGAAAAAGAGCUACGAGUCUCGCUGGGAGAAACGUUUGCGCGAGGUGGAGAAGAAGCUAAUUGCUGCCCGUGAGGAGAAUGAGCAUCUUCGUAUUGAACGUGAUACUGCACCGUCGGAUUCAAUGUCCAUGGUUGACGCUAGCCUCUGCGCUCGUGAGAAUGAGGAACAUGAGGCAGAGAAGCGUGCCAUGGAGGCCCAGAUUAAGGGUCUGCAGGGAGAAAUGGCCGCCUUGCGAGAGGACACUGAACGAAUGCGCGCAAGUCUGGAGUCUGAACGUGCGGAGAAGGGGGAGCUGGUUGCUGCUGUUGAUGAGUGGUUAGCCAUGCAGCAGGCCCCUAUGCCAGCCCAACCCCGAGAGCGUGAGUCUUCUGUCGCAUCUUCUGUGCAGAAUGACCACCUCGAUGACCUAGUUCAGCCAUCUCGCGAGGUCACCCCCGAUGACUUCCGUCGAAGUGUCAGCCGUUCCGGGUCAGGAAGCAUCCGUCCCCCUGCCCCUGCGGAAAAGAGAAUCCCUAGAUUCGGUGCUGCCGGUGGUCAUUCCCGCGGUAACAGCGGUGGUCGGUCCGGCAUCGCGAUGCCUACUCCUGGUCGAGGCGGAAUCAUGGGCUCCAUUGAGAGGAUGGGUCGCGGUGGUGUUUAA